UCACCAGGACGCUGGUGGCCCGGCAGGAGGCGCCUCGCGUGCCCUGUCGCCGCCGCUUUCGGUUUGCCCGGGUCGGGCACCCCUGAGAAGGCGCGCCCCCCGCCCCCUUGGCCCGAGGGCCCGCCCCGCCCCACGGCUUCCUCCCCGGCCGCGGGCACUGAGGCCGCUCGGGGUAGAGGAGCCAGAGCCGGCGAGCAGGCGGUGGCGGCGGCUGCGGAGGCGAUGGCAGGGAAAGAACUGGAGCGAUGCCAACGGCAGGCAGACGAAGUGACGGAGAUCAUGCUCAACAAUUUCGACAAGGUCCUGGAGCGGGAAGGCAAGCUGGCAGAGCUGGAGCAGCGCUCGGACCAGCUCCUGGACAUGAGUUCAGCCUUCAGCAAGACGACCAAGACUCUAGCCCAGAAGAAGCGCUGGGAGAAUAUUCGAUGCCGGAUCUACCUGGGGCUGGCAGUGGCUGGUGGCCUGCUCAUCAUCCUGAUUGUGCUGCUGGUCAUCUUCCUUCCGACGAGUGACGGGGACAGUAAUAAACCAUAGGCCUAGGAAGAAGGCACUGCUUUAGGGACUGAGGACUGACCCAGCCUGACCCGGAAGAGAGAAAGGCUACACUGCCCUGUUCUGGUCUCCAGAGAAUCCUGGAGGCCACCCAGUGAGUGCCGAAGGGCAUCCCGGAUGUGUGCAACUCUGCAUCUUCCAUCAUGCCAUAGACUGGCCCUUCAGGGCAGCCUGCUGCACUGGCCUUACUAGGCCAUACCACUGGAGCUCAGUAAAAGCUGCUGUUUGG